GUUAGGAGAACACGUCCUUUAUCUCUCCAAAGUACCCCCGAUUUGGCCAAGAGUUCAGUCGGCGCGCUUAAAGCCCUCGGUUCUUCACAAUCUGUCUAUAGAACUAACUCACUCUCGAGAGCGCGUUCUAUCGAUUUGGAAGCUGAAAAACAGAAAACAGAGGCUCAAACGUCACCUAGCAAGCACGACAGCAAUCGUAAUUUGUUAGGUCGUGGCGCUGCUCCAACUUACAGAGAAAGACCUGGUGUACAGCUUGGACGUAUCACGAGUGGAGACGCUGGAAAUGAUUGGGAUGAGAAUGAGAAGCCGGGCGGUUGGGAGAAAGAUAAAAGGACUUCUAUCAGAGACGACACUCUCCACUUCCCAGGUAUCACAGAUACUAAUGAAGAGGUAGCAGGUCUACCAGGUAGAGUAAGGCUAUCGAGAACUAACUCUUUGACUGAAGGCUCGAGAAGUACUAUGGGAUUGAGACGCUCAAAUGCCCUCAAAAGCUCAAACACUUCUCCAACUAAGAUGAAUGCAAAUUCCUCAGUUUUAUCACGUACACAGUAUAUGACGCUCGAUAAGCAGCGUCACUUGCUUGCAGCUUAUGAAUACCUCUGCCAUAUCUCUGAAGCUAUCAGAUGGAUGGAAGAAUGUCUCGAAAGCUCACUAGAGAUGGAUGAAGUUCAAGCUGAAGAAGGUCUACGUGACGGUAUUGUCUUAUUCCGACUUGCUAGUGUCUGGGGUUUCGGUGAAGGCAUGGAAGAUGGCCAUUUUGGAUGGGAUGGCAUUAGGAAGAAUUACGCUGGACAUAGACGUCUUUUCACUCAUCCAAAUGCCAGACACUUCAAAUACGUUGAUAACAUCAACUACUUCUUUGAGUUCAUCAAACGUAUCAAAUUACCAGAGUUAUUUACUUUUGAGACUACAGAUCUCUACGAGAAAAAGAACAUACCGAAGGUUAUUUAUUGUCUCCACGCUUUGAGUUAUCUUCUUGCCGGUAGGGGUGUUGCUCCUCGCAUUGGUGCUCUUAAGGGUCAGCUCGAAUUCACAGACGAUCAAUUACGUCAAACUCAGAAAAACUUAGACGCAUCAAAUGUCCCAAUGCCAAACUUCGGUGGUCUUGCUUCUACCUUCGGAGAAGCCGAGCCGGAACCUGAGCCAGAACCCGAGGAAACAGAAGAAGAUCGUAUUGCUAGAGAGUUGUUUGAGGUUGAGAAUAAGAUUAUUGCCAUGCAAGCACGCGCAAGAGGGUUUUUGACCAGACAACAAUUCGCAAAUCUUCAAAGGAGGAUUAAAUGGAGCCAACAACCAGUCAUUUCAAUGCAAGCCACAUGUAGAGGUGCAUUAACACGUACGCGUUUACAUGACAUCCGUGAAGAACGCUCUGGAUCUGCCAUGAAGUGGGUCGUACCUCUUCAAUCUGCUGCAAGAGGAAAGCUUGUGCAAGACCAGCAGAGGAAUAUUCAAAGACAUUUUAUGGUUUGCAAAUCAUCAAUCACAUCUCUUCAAGCUCAAUGUCGUGGGGUUAUUACUAAAGAAAACUAUGAUAACAAGAAGCGCCUAAUUUCACGUCAGGAACGUCUAGGCGCUUAUCAUAAGUUACAAGCUCAUUGUCGUGGUAUGCUCACCAGGGAUGGCUUCAAGAAGCGCACGAGUACGCUCAAGAAUCGUGGUGAACUCCAACGUGCUGUUCGUAUUCAAAGUUCUUGUCGUGGCUUCUUAGUCAGAUCAAAACACAAUGAGUUUAUGGAUACUAUUAGGAAGCAUGAGCCCUCCUUUUUAGCAAUACAAACUCUUUGUCGCUCCAAAGCUGUUAGGAGCAAGUUUCAAGCAAAAUCGAAGGACAUCAAGGGUGUAUCACAAGGUUUCAUUGCUUUACAAGCUCAAUCACGAGGCUUACUCUAUAGAAAAGACCACAGCAAAUUUAUCAAAUUACUCAAGAAUGGUUCAUCUUCAAACUCUGUGGCAUUAUUACAGGCAUUUGCUAGGGGCUUCAUUACUAGACAAAGUUUAAAUGCCUUUAGACAAAAGUUGGCUUCAUUAUCUAAGGAGCAUGUUAUAAUUCAAGCUUGUGCUAGAGGAUCUAUAGUUCGUGAUGAAUGCGAAAGCAUACUGGCAUAUCUCGAUGAUAAUCACAAAAGCAUUGUUGCAAUUCAAGCAUUAUCACAGACGGCACUUAUUCAAGAAAGAUAUGGGCACUUGCAAUCAAUGCUCGAUGAGUCAGCUACUUCAAUCUGUCAAAUGCAAAGCCACUCUAGAAGUUUCCUUAUCAGAGAUCAUAUUGAAAAUAUCAAAACUGAGCUCAUGAAUGAGCCAAAUAUGCGCUCAAUCCUUGACUUACAAUCACUUAGUCGUGCAACACUUGUCAGAAGAUAUGUUUGGGAUAUUUUCCAGCAACUUGAAUCAGCAGAGGAUGAUGUCGUCAAAUGCCAAUCUCAAGCUAGAGGUUACUUGAUUCGUAAAGAUCAGAAAAUGUGGAAACGUCAUUUGCAAGUAUCGCAACCUGAGGCAGUCAAUCUUCAGUCUAUUAUGCGUGGCUAUAAUCAAAGAAAGAAAUUCGGUGAAAAGAAAACCCACUAUCGUACCAACAAGGAAAAAAUUGUUAAAAUUCAGGCUCUCUAUCGUGGAAGAGAAAAGCGUGAACAAUUUAAAGAACUCACUAUGGGUAAUAACGUACCUCUCAAUACUGUUAAAGAGUUUGUACAUCUUCUAGAUGACUCUGAUUACGAUUUCGACGAGGAAAUUGAGUUAGUAGAUCUUCGCAAGAGAGUUUUAGAAGCUAUUAGAGAAACACAAGCGCUUGAAUCACAUGUUGAUGAAUUAGAUGUCAAGAUUGCGCUGGUUGUUAAGAAUGCCUUGUCAUUUGAUGAACUGGUUCGCGCUGCCAAAGGUCGUUUAGUAGCCUCAGGCACUUUGAAUCGUAAUGGCAGCGUGUUAGCAGCAGCUGGUGAUCCAUUCAGUCCAGGAAAAAUGGACAAACAGACUGUUAGAAGGCUUGAACUUUAUCAACAACUCUUUUGGAGACUUCAAAACCAACCGGAGUAUUUGGCUCGUCUUUUCUAUAAUAUGAGUAGGACAGAGGUCUCUGAUAAAAAUCGCCGUUUGAUAGAAAAUGUCAUAAUGACAUUGUUCGGUUAUACACAAUCAGCCCGCGAGGAAUAUCUCUUCCUGAAAGUUAUGCAGAGAUCGAUGCACGAGGAGAUUGCAUCAGCAAAUAAACUUUCAGAUGUUGUUCGAGGUUCCUUUACAUGGGUUAAAAUGUUCUUGCUUUACCUUCGUGGACCAGAAAAGAAAGGGUUCUUGAAGCAAGCGCUUGGACCAAGAAUUACAGAGAUUACUUCACUCGAGUCGUUUGAUCUUGAAACUGAUCCAGUGGUAAUUUGGAAACAAAUCAUUAAUUACCAAGAAUUAGAAAGUGGUGUUCCAAGUGAUAAGAAGAAAGAUGUUACAUACGAAGAAGCUAUAUCUGAUUCUGAUACUCGCGUUACAUUCAUUCAUCACCUUCAACAACUAAGACACGCGACUGAGCACUUCCGUGAAGAUAUUCAAAAGUCAAUGAAGAAGAUGCCUUAUGGUCUUAGAUUUAUUGCUAGAGAACUUUAUUUGGCUCUUCGAAUUAAGUUUAAGAACGAAAGUGAAGAUGCCUGUAAUAGAACGAUAGGACAGUUAAUCUAUUAUAGAUAUAUUCAUCCAGCUAUCGUAACUCCAGAAACAUUUGACGUUGUUCCAAAGGUAUUAGAUCCAUUACAAAGGAAGAACCUAAACGAAAUCGCCAAAAUGCUCACUCAAUUGGCCAUGGGUGAAAUAUUUAGUGAUGAAAAUCCAUACCUUACACCACUGAACGACUACAUCCUCGAUGCAUCUUCUAAGUUUAUUCCUUGGUUCGGCCAAGUUGCCGAUGCCGUUGAUGCUGAAACUCAUUUCAAUGCUGGCGAGUUUUUAGAGUACAACACUACCAGAAAACCUUCGAUUCACAUAUCACCAAGUGAAAUUUACGAUGUACACUCCAUUCUCAACCAAAACUUAGACAAAAUUGCACCAACUGGAAAUGAUCCAUUGCGGGGUAUUUUGUUAGAACUUGGAGGACCUCCAUUACCAGCGCAAGGAGAAUUGUAUGAGGCACGCAAGAGGGCAGUUUCUUUGACAUUAGCUAAUCGCAAUGCUCAAGUGGAUAAUCCAAACGAUCCACAAACACAUAAGAAACAACUUUGGUUACAAACUAAACGCCUUGUUUUAGCAGUUCUCAGAAUACAACCUGAACGUACAUUAACCCAAUCGUUUAUCACUGAAGUUACGGAAGAACAUGAACAUCAAUGGCAAUUGUUUGUACAGAAGGAAUCAUCACUUGAAAUGUCGAGAAAGUCAGGAAUAAAAGACACUACUUCACCAUUCUUAGGUUCAGGGUACAAGAUAAAUGACAUCAAACAGAUGCGUUACACUGAAGUAAAAGCGACAGCAAUAGAGUACUGCUUACAAUUAGAAAAAAUUGGAGAGAUAACGAGAAAAGAUCACUAUCAAGGCGUACUCAAUGCCAUUGCAGUUGAUGUCAGAAACAGGAAUAGGAAGAGAAUACAAAGACAAAAAGAGCUUAAUAGUAUGGAAAAUACUUUAAAGAUACUUGAUGAAAAGAAAGAUUAUCUUCACAACCAACAAGAAGCUUUCAAUUCAUAUAUUGAAACAUCUAUGCAAACUAUGCAGAAAAAAGGAAAGAAGCGUUUUGUUUUACCAUUUACCAAACAAUGGUCUCAUUUGAGGGACUUGAAACAUAAUGGAAAGAGGUUCAAGUUCGGCUCAUACAAAUAUAGCGCACAAGAACUCUACAAUCGUGGUUUGCUGCUAUCUAUCCAUCAAGUAUCACCUAGACAAUUCGAUGGCUUGUUUAUCACCUUCAGUUCUGACGAAAUCGGUGUAUUUAAGAUAGACAUGAACCUGGCUGGAGAACCAAAGCCAAUGGCCAGUGAAGACGUUCGAUUGGAAGAUAUGUUACAGAUGCAAUUUGAGAACAAGAGCUCAAUAGCAAUCUGUGAAGGUAAUGUUAAGUGUAAUUUGAACGUAUUGCUCUUCCAAUUAUACAAAAAGUUCUAUCAGUAAAUAAUAUCCAUCAUUUUUCUUGUUCAUUCGCACUGUUGUAAUUCCAUUUAUUAGCAUAUAAAC